AUGAACCCACUGUUAAUCACCUUCCUCCUCUGCCUCCUCCCCUGUUUUCCAGCCAAAGACACCAUAAACUUCGACGAAUCUGUUGCAGACGGUGAAGUGAUCGUCUCCGGAGGAGAAAACUUCAGCCUCGGGUUCUUCAGCCCUGGCGUGUCCAGCAGCAAUCGCUACCUUGGAAUUUGGUACACCAAAGUCUCCGUACAGACGAUUGUUUGGGUCGCCAACAGAGACAAUCCGAUCAACGACACCUCCGGAGUUCUCUCAUUCGACAGUCAUGGGCACAACCUCGUCCUCCGAUGUUGCCCAGGAAAGAACACUACGGCUAUGACUGCUAAUACAACUCCUCUGUGGUCUACGAACAUCUCUGCUUCCUCGUCACUAGUAUUAGGUAACAAGUCAAUGGCUCGUCUAUCAGACUUGGGAAAUCUGGUCGUUCUGCUUCACCAAGAACCCACAAAGAAUUCAGAUGAAAACGACCUGGUGUGGUGGGAGAGUUUUGAUCAUCCCACAGACACCGUGCUUCCAUUUAUGAGGUUUGGAUUAGACCGGAAUACCGGAAUGAACAACGUAGUUGUUCCAUGGAAGUCCCCUGCUGAUCCUGCAGCAGGGGACUCCUCGUAUUAUCUGGACCCGAACGGGUCCCCUGAGUUGAUGUUGUAUAGAGGUAGGACUAAAUGGUGGCGGGGUGGCAUGUGGAAUGGCAUACGGUGGAGCGGGAUCCCAAACAUGUCGUAUCGUUUCAUUUUCAACUCAACCUACGUCAGCAACGAAGCGAGUCGACCAUCAUCUAUGGAGUCAUCUGAUCUCACCAUCGUAUCGAGGAUCUACGUGGACUCGUCAGGAUACUUGAGGAGAGCCACGUGGAACGAUCGGCGCGGUCGCUGGAACGAGUUCUGGUAUGUGCCCAAGGAACCGUGUGACUAUUAUGGACGAUGUGGGCCGAACGGGAACUGUGACCCUUACAGAGGUGCAGGGGAGUUCGAGUGCAGUUGCAUUCCGGGGUUCGAGCCCAAGAUCACGACCGACUGGUCGAUGAAUGACGGUUCCGGUGGGUGUGCCAGGAAGAAGCGGUCAGAGACUGCUUCGAGCUGCGGGAAUGGCAAAGAGUUUGUAACGCUGAAAAAUGCUAAAGUUCCUGAUACUACAAUCAGGGGACAACUGCAAGUUGGUAUGGAUUUGAAUAUGUGCAGACAAGAGUGUCUGGGGAAUUGUUCAUGUACGGCUUACACGAGUUCUAAUUUGAGUAGUGGGAUUGGAUGUGUGAUGUGGCAUGGAGAUUUGUUAGAUACGAGAAUGUUUGCCAAUGGUGGUCAAGACUUUGACAUAAUAACUGCCACCGCGAAUUUCUCCUCAGACAACAAACUUGGACAAGGCGGGUUUGGCUCUGUUUACAAGGUGUGGGACCUGUGGAAAGAAGGAAGAGCAUUGGAGAUGAUGGAUUCAUCAUCAAUGGCCUUGGAAUCACACUUUGAUCAAGUGAUGAGAUGUAUUCAUAUAGGUCUUUUAUGUGUUCAAGAAUCUCCAGCAGACAGGCCGACCAUGUUAAAUGUUGUCUUCAUGCUAGGAAAUGCAACUAGUGCUCUUUCAUCUGCCAAGAAGCCAGCAUUCAUUCUCAAAAUGAACUCUAUCGAUUCAAACUCGUCAGUUACUGCAGUUCGACCAGAAAUCCCUUCCAUGAAUAACAUGUCGAUGAGUGAUUUGGAAGCUCGAUGAUCGAUGCUUGAAACUCAAUGGAUCUCUCAUAUCUUGCUAUACAUUUCAUGUCGUUCAACAAC